AUGGUUUCUGGAAAUUCAACGACAUCUGCCAUUUCCUGUGAUAUCCGGCAUGUGCUCUCUCAUCCCUCCCAUGCUCUCUCAUCCCUCCCAUGCUCUCUCAUCCCUCCCAUGCUCUCUCAUCCCUCCCAUGCGGCACCGCAUGCUGCCACCACCAUCAUCGCACAUGCAUCAUCAUAUCAGGUGUUGCAGCUCGGUCCAUCCAGAGCUCUCUCUGUCCUCACUGCUUCUCGCCCCCCCUUGGCUGCCCUGCCAGUUGACGAGGCAUUGGAAACCAUAUCAGCUGCGGGUCUGGAUCGACUCGUCAAGUGGAGGUACCUGCAGUGGCUGGUGGAAGAGCAGGCCAGUCACAGCAAGCAUCUCCACACACUCUAUGCACUCGCUCUUGUUGAUACCGCUGCUGCUGCUGCGACCGCUGCCACCGCCGCUGUUGCUACUGCUGCCGCUAGUGCGGCUGCAGGAACCAAGAGCAUUAGAGCACUGACGGAAAACGGUCCCAGGGAGAGUUCAGCUGCAAGCGGGAAGGAGGAAAAGAAGGGGUACUUAGACGCAUGGGAGGUCAGGAUGAGGGGAGCAGGAGCUACAGAAGCAGCGCCGCCAGCAGAUGAGAGGGUCAGGGCGAACGAGGAAGAAAACCACAGUGAGGGCGAUGAGGGAGAGGAAGCAUGGGGGCUUGAGGGGGCGUCAGAUCAGGCAUCGCUGGCAGGGCUGUGGCAGCGGGUGCGGGGAGUGCUGGGGGCGUUCCUGGAGUCAUCAGAGCUGUAUGAUGGCAGUGCUGUGUGGCGGAGAAUACAGGGCGAGCGCGCACUGCUGAGGGAACAGGUGGUUGUGUUGAGGCGACUGGGUGACCACACAGCCGCCCUGCGCAUCCUUGCUCUAGAGUUGAAGGACAGUGAGGCGGCAGAGGCGUACUGUCUACACCUCAACGACCCCCACGCUUUCGACCAUCUACUGCACCUGUACCUGCACCCGGGCGGCAGCAUGCGCCCCAUGUUUGACGCCGCAGUGCGCCUGCUGCACUGCACGCGCGCUCACGUGGACCCCAACAGCAUACUCCAGGCGCUACCAAGUGACAUGACGGUGCAGGAGGCGGGGAGCAUUUUGGCGCGGCUCAUGCGCGAGAGAGUGCACAGAUUGCGACAGGGGCAGGUGGUGCACCAUCUGCUCAAGGCUCAGAACCGCACCUUACUCGAACGCCGCAUGGUGCUGCUCUCCCGCUCCGUGCUGCUGCCACUGCCGCCACACGCCAUCAUGCCACCCUCCUCCUCCUCUGUGCUAUCAUCGGCGUCAUCGGUGCACGGGGGGCAUGCGGGCACGAGUGUAUCGGCCACGCGCUGCUCAGCGUGCCACAACCGCCUGUGCAUCGACGAGCCCUUUGCUGCCAUGCCCUCUGGCGCCCUGCUCUGCCACCAGGUCAGCUGCUCUGCUUCUCUGUUGAAGCGCUCCUCUGCUGCAGUUUCAUGA